CCUCAUUCUUGCUUUCUUCGCGAUUCCUUGUGGGAUUGUCGGCGCAUCCAUGCGAGUAGCAGCUCCUCCUUUGCCUUGGCGAUCGAUGCAUACUUAUCGAUGCCGCCAACGCGCUUGUGCGAAGAAUCGAGAAGUAGUGUCACGCAUUUCUACGAUUGCCGGCGCCAGGAAGCUGCUAAGAACCCUAGCUUUGGAAAGCGCUGGCGCGUGGAUUUCGGGUGGAAGAUUCAAGCACGACUUCGCCAAAGUCGUGACAUCACUCUCAGAGAGCUUUAGAUGCCACGACAAUCGAGGGAGUUUUAUAUCUGGGACUGCUCCAGCGAUUAAGAUCACUCGGGAAGUAACUUUGAGUAACUUUUGCUCCAGCGAUGGCUGUAGUGGUCAGACAAAGGCCAAUCGCCAGGUACUUACAAGAUUCCUUUGCAAGAGAGUGACUCUCUCGCACUCCUUCUCUCUCCCUCGUUUCUCACUUGGUUCCUUCCAUUCCCACGAAGCAGUGCACGAAUCAUCGGUCCGGAAGAAAAGGAUGCUCUCGAGAAAGCCACGAGGGAGAAAAAUCUUAGCGGCCGCUUUGGUACUCGUGUUGAUCCUCUGCCUUCACGCUGGCUACUCCAAUUUCUUGAGCUUAUCAUACUUUCUCAGGCCCGUCUGGGACACACCACCGAAGCCAUUCGACUUCAUCACUCACUACUUCGCUCACAACCUCUCCCGCUCGGAUCUGUGCGAAUUACACAACUGGGAAGUGAGAGAGACCCCUCGCCGUGUCUUUGACGCCAUCAUCUUUAGCAACGAGCUCGACCUACUGGAGAUCCGGUGGAGAGAAUUGUAUCCUUUCGUGACCAAGUUCGUGCUCCUGGAAGCAAAUGGUACUUUCACAGGUCUGGCCAAGCCGCUCUUCUUCGCGAAAAACAGCUACAGGUUCUUGUUUGCGGCCUCGAAGCUGUUCUACCGGGAGAUCUGGACGAGGCCUUUGCUGGAGAAUGAGAGUCCUUUCACGACGGAGGUGUUCCAGCGACAGCAAAUGGAUCGAGCGCUGGUGGCUGCGGGGAUUGAAGAAGGAGACAUCGUUAUCAUGUCAGAUGCUGAUGAGAUCCCGAGUUGGCACACGCUGGAGCUGCUAAGAUGGUGCGAUGGAUUUCCUUCUCCCAUGCACCUCCAAAUGAGAAACUAUCUCUACUCGUUCGAGUUCCUGGUGGACGAGAAAGCUUGGAGGCCGUGCGUGCAUUUGUAUCAGCCGGGCGCCACCAAGUAUGGCCACUUCCGAAGGUCAGAUUUCAUACUCGCAGACGCAGGGUGGCACUGCAGCUUCUGUUUCAGACACGUCAGUGAGAUCCUGUUCAAGAUCAGAGCCUACAGCCACGCAGACCGGCUGAAAGCCUCGCGCCUCGGCUCGGUGGACGCCGAGAUAAGAAUCCAGGACGCGGUUUGUAAAGGCAGGGACCUGUUUGGCCUCCUUCCGGAGGAGUACACGUUCAAAGAGCUGGUAGCCAAGAUGGGAAACGCCGCGAGAUCUCACGCAGCAGUCCAUUUGCCGCUGUGGUUGCUGCGAAACGCUCACAAGUUUAAGUUUUUACUUCCAGGACACUGCCUCCGGGAGUAUGAUCCAUGAAGAACACUGGUGCCUUCGGCCACCCCGCAGAUAGAAAAGCUCGACUCGCAAACGAUCGCACAGAGUCUACUCCAAGGGGUCGCCUCCGGACUUUGGAUCCACACGCAAGGUGGUCCUCCUUGCGCUG